AUGAAGUUCCCUACUGCCUUGAUUCUCAUCAGCGGUCUCACAGCCGGCGUCCUGGCUGCACCAUUUCAGAACCCCGCCACGGGCAGCAUGGAUGCCACCGACCCUCCGCCCGUUGGUCUUAUCUCUGGCGCUCUGCCUGGAGUCCACCUACCACCUCCUUUUGGCGAGAGGGCACUCUCCUCCGAGCAGAAGACCACGACCUCAUCCAUGGAGCAGCGCCGGGGGAUUGCAGGGCCCGUUGAAGGGGUAGUCUGUGACGACCUCGGCGUCUGCAUUUGA